UCUCCUUUCCUGUGACUGCUCGACUGUCUGCUGUCACCCACACAACAGUCAGGUCGCUCGCUCCUGGGGACGAGAAACAUCAUUUGCGCUUGUCAGGGACCUUGACGUCGUCUCCAGCGCCCCAGCAAAAACGCCAAUUGUACUGAUUAAAGGAUACCCGGCGCGAGUUGACGAGCUCGGACCAAAACUUGGAGGAUAGCCGCAGCAACAGUUGCAAGGCCGUGCUGACCGCAGCCAAGUCAUGGAGGAUGGGAAGCCAGUGUGGGCCCCCCACCCCGCAGACGGGUUUCAGCUGGGCACCAUCGUCGAUAUCGGAGCCGACACGCUCACCAUAGAUCCGCUGAGCCAGAAUGGCAAGACGUUCCUUUCUCCGAUAAGCCAAGUGUUCUCAGCAGAAGAUGACGUCAACAAACAUGUUGAGGACAACUGCUCCCUGAUGUAUUUGAAUGAAGCCACUCUCCUCAACAACGUCAAAGUCCGAUACAAUAAGGAAUAUAUAUAUACUUAUGUGGCUAAUAUAUUGAUAGCUGUCAAUCCUUACUAUGACAUCCCCAAACUGUACGGCCCUGAAGCCAUCAAGUCAUACCAGGGGAAGUCUUUGGGGACUCAGCCCCCUCACGUCUAUGCAAUAGCUGACAAAGCCUACAGGGACAUGAAGGUACUAAAGAUGAGUCAGUCCAUCAUUGUUUCUGGUGAAUCAGGUGCUGGCAAAACUGAAAACACCAAGUUUGUUCUCAGAUAUCUAACUACAACUUAUGGAAGUGGUCAAGAUAUUGAUGAAAGAAUUGUCGAAGCAAAUCCCCUCUUGGAGGCAUUCGGAAAUGCUAAGACAGUCCGGAAUAAUAACAGCAGUCGCUUUGGGAAGUUUGUUGAAAUCCACUUCAAUGAGAAGAAUGCAGUUGUAGGUGGAUUUGUCUCCCAUUAUUUGCUGGAAAAGUCAAGGAUUUGCAUGCAAAGUAACGACGAGAGGAACUACCACAUUUUCUACAGGCUUUGUGCUGGAGCAUCUGAGGACAUCAAAAAGAAACUGCACCUCAACUCUCCAGACGGCUUCAGAUAUUUGAACCGAGGCUGCACCAGAUAUUUUGCCAGCACAAAUUCUGAUAAGCAAAUCAUGCAGAACCGCAAGAGUCCUGAGCAUGUGAAUGUGGGCGCACUGAAGGACCCUCUUCUCGAUGACCAGGGUGACUUUAAUAGGAUGUGUGUGGCUAUGAAAAAGAUUGGUCUGGAUGACACGGAGAAGCUGGACCUGUUUCGGGUGGUUGCUGGCGUUCUGCACCUCGGCAAUAUUGACUUUGAGGAAACGGGAAGUAGCUCAGGGGGCUGCGUUCUGAAGAAUCAAUCCAGACUGACUCUGGAGUAUUGCGCCGAUCUGCUGGGUCUGGACCAGGAUGAUUUGAAGGUCAGCCUCACAACGAGGGUCAUGCUCACGACCGCAGGGGGCGCCAAAGGAACGGUUAUCAAGGUGCCUCUAAAGGUGGAACAAGCUAACAAUGCCCGCGAUGCCCUUGCCAAGGCGGUGUACAGCCGCCUCUUUGAUCAUGUGGUCAAACGAGUGAACCAGUGUUUCCCUUUCAAGUCCUCCUCUUGCUUCAUCGGGGUGCUGGACAUCGCUGGCUUUGAGUACUUUGAACACAACAGCUUUGAGCAGUUCUGCAUCAAUUACUGCAAUGAGAAAUUACAGCAGUUCUUCAAUGAGCGCAUCCUGAAAGAGGAACAAGAGCUCUAUCAAAGGGAAGGACUGGGAGUGAACGAAGUGCAUUAUGUUGACAACCAGGACUGUAUUGAUCUCGUUGAAGCAAAACUCGUGGGCAUUCUGGACAUUCUGGAUGAAGACAACCGCCUUCCUCAGCCCAGCGACCAACACUUUGCACUGGCUGUCCACAGCAAGCAUAAAGACCACUUCAGACUUACGGUUCCAAGGAAGUCAAAACUGACUAUUCAUCGGAAUCUCCGGGAUGAUGAAGGCUUUAUCAUCAGGCACUUUGCUGGAGCUGUCUGCUAUGAAACGACUCGUUUUGUGGAGAAGAACAAUGACGCCCUCCACAUGUCCUUGGAGAGCUUAGUGUGCGAAUCUAAGGACAACUUUGUUCGACAGCUGUUUGAGACCUCCACGUUUAACAAGGACUCCAAACACAAGGCGGGAAAAUUAAGCUUCAUCAGCGUUGGAAACAAAUUCAAGACGCAGCUCAACUUACUGCUGGAAAAGCUUCGUAGCACUGGCUCCAGUUUUAUCCGCUGUGUCAAACCCAACCUGAAAAUGGUCAGCCACCACUUUGAAGGAGCUCUCAUUCUCUCACAGCUGCAGUGCUCAGGAAUGGUGUCUGUGCUAGACCUGAUGCAGGGCGGGUUCCCCUCCAGAGCCCCCUUCCAUGAGCUUUACACCAUGUAUAAACAGUACAUGCCUGAUAAGCUUACGCGACUGAACCCACGACUUUUCUGCAAGGCUUUGUUCAAAGCGUUUGGACUGAAUGACAAUGACUUUAAAUUCGGGUUGACCAGAGUGUUCUUCCGUCCGGGAAAGUUUGCUGAGUUUGACCAGAUCAUGAAGUCAGAUCCUGACCACCUGGCAGAGCUUUUGAAGAAAGUCAACAAGUGGCUGGUGUGCAGCCGUUGGAAGAAGGUCCAGUGGUGUAGCCUGUCAGUGAUCAAACUCAGGAACAAGAUGAGCUACAGAGCUUUGGCAUGCAUUAAGAUUCAGAAGACGGUGCGCAUGUGGUUAUGUAAGCGGAAGCACAAGCCACGCAUCGAUGGUAUGGUAAAGGUGAAAAACCUGAAGAAGCACAUGGAGCGCUUCAACGAGGUGGUCAAUGGGCUGAAGGAGGGCAAACAGGAGAUGGCCAAGCAGGUCCAGGUGCUGGCAACCAGCAUAGACUCUCUGUUGUCCAUGAUAAAGAGUUCAGUUAUGAACCGGAAAGAGAUUGACACAGAGUACCAGGUGUUAGUGAAACGCUCAGAGCGGCUGCUGUCCUCCAUGCAGAAGAAGAAACAGCAGGAGGAGGAAUCUGAGAGGCUGAAGCGCAUAGAGGAGGAGAUGGAGAAAGAGAGGAAGCGGCGGGAGAAGGAAGAGCAACAACGCGAGCAAGAGGAAGAGGAACGAAGACUGAAAUCAGAGAUGGAGCUAAAACGGAAAAAGGAAGAGGAGGAGAGGAAAAAUAGAGAGGAAGAGGAGAAGGUUCUGCAGACGGAGCUUGAAAUCCAGUUUGCUCUGGAGCGUGAGGAGCAGGUCCAGCGGACUGCCAUGCUGGAGCAGGAGAGACGUGACAGGGAGCUUGCCAUGAGGAUUGCUCAGAGCGAGGCCGAGCUGAUCACUGAAGAUGGUCAGAUGGACCCCAGUCUGCGCAGUGAUGAGGCUUUUUCGGAUCUUCCUAUCUCUGCAUCCUCAGCCAAAGCCAUGGGCCCUCAGGUGCAGGCAACCAAAGCCGCCGCUGGCGUGAAAAAGUACGACCUCAGCAAGUGGAAGUAUGCUGAGCUGCGAGAUGUCAUCAACACUUCCUGUGACAUUGACCUGUUGGCGGCCUGUAGAGAAGAGUUCCACCGGCGCCUGAAGGUCUAUCAUGCAUGGAAGUCCAAGAAUCGGAAACGCAAUGAUGACGGAAGCGAUCAGAGGGCUCCAAAGUCUGUCACUGACUAUGCACAACAGAACCCAACCCCCGCCAUGAUGCCCCAGCACCAAGAAGUGGCCAUGAACCGACAGCAGCGCUACUUCCGCAUUCCUUUCAUCCGGCCGGCCGACCAGUACAAGGACCCGCACAAUAAGAAGAAGGGCUGGUGGUAUGCCCACUUUGACGGGCCGUGGAUCGCCCGGCAGAUGGAGCUGCACCCGGACAAACGGCCCAUUGUGUUGGUGGCGGGGAAAGAUGAUAUGGAGAUGUGCGAGCUGAGUCUUGAAGAGACCGGUCUGACCAGAAAGAGGGGUGCCGAGAUCCUGCCCAGGCAGUUCGAGGAAAUCUGGGAGCGCUGCGACGGAAUCCAUUACCUGAAGAAAGCCAUUGAAAACAAGCAGGCGCGGCCCACGUACGCCACCGCCAUGCUGCAGAAUCUCCUCAAGUGAACUCGUGCAAAGCAACACGUGUCAGAAGGCAAGCGGGAUGUGACAGAUGAUGCCGUCUUACCAGUUUCCUUUCAUGCUGUGUUGUUUGUAGAUGUUGUGCUCACCACCUUUGAAGAGGCCUUAAAAUUGCACCUCCCCAAAAAGUUCAACCUGAGACCUUAACGAGCGGGACAUGAAUUGUUGUUUUAAUGAUGUGUGUAAGGGUCUUAUGUUGUUUCUUGAAGCUUAAAACAUCGUUUUACGUACAUCUUUUAAUCCUUUUUUGUAUUGAUGCCCACUUGAUAUGUAGGAGGACCUUUUUGCUUUUCACGUUUGCAGUGUGUUUGUUUGUUUGCUUGUUCAAAACGCUCACACAUCAUCUCUCAUCUUUGUGUUUUGUUUGUAUUUUCAAAGCAACACUGUAGAGAAUAAAAUAUAUUACCCUUCUA